CUAUUUUAUCACACACUAGCUAACGCUUACACAUUUUAUCAUGCACUAGCUAACGCUUACACAUUUUCCAUAAGCAACUUCCUUUAGCGACAUAAUCGAAUUUAUGAUUUAUUCAGUGUAACGGGAAUGUUUGUGUUCAAGAGAAUUUGAGCCCGUAGUCCCAGCGGUUAUGCCACAAAGAGAAUGCGUUCACAUGCUAAACCAAGAUGGCGGGCUGGAAGUAAGAACUUUUCAAAACUGGAACCUAAAAGUGGAAAAUAUAUAAAAUGUCACAGGACAGAAGAAUUGUCAGCACAGCUGAUGAUGAGGAUGAUGAAGAUCUUGAGCUGCUCAGGCAGGCUGCACUUAAGACAAUGGCCGCUAAGAAAAAAGGUGGACAUGACACUGGAAGCAUUGAAAGGUCUCAAUCAAGGAGCAGGAGCAGUUCAUCUUCUAGUACGGUAUAUGAGGAAAUUGACCUGGAAAGUCCAGUAAGUGAGGGCAAGAGCUCCAGUGAUCCAGGAAGUCCAGUCAGCCAGGGGGACAGUCUUCUUGAUGCAGAUGAGGAGAAAGAAGAAUGUGAAGAAGAAGAUGGUGGAAGCACUUGUGCCUGGGAUGAGCCUGUGGACAUAAGCUUUGAUGUGGACUCCAGACAAGCUGAAGACUCCAAGAUUAUAGAGAACUUGACUGUCACAUUUGCUAAUGACAACUCCAAAGCUGGAUCUUCUGAGGAGGAAGAGGAGGAGGGUGAUGGAGGAGUAACUGAGAGACUCUCGGGCCUGGAGCAGAGGGAGGAUGAUGUGGAAGUUAUGGAUCAGGAUAGUGAGAUUGAAGAUCAAGAAGGGUCGGAAAGUAUGGAUGAGGACCAAGGGGAUGAGGAUGAAGUGGAGGAUGAGGUACCUGAAGAAGGAGAUAAUGAUGAGGAUGGUGAUGAUGAUAAUGAUUAUGAUGAGGAUGAGAAUUUGGAAGGUGGUGAAAAUAUGGAGGCAGGUUCUGUGUCAAUAGCUGAAGAUUUAAAUGAAGGUGAAGAACAAAAGGAGGAAGAGGAGGUUGAGUGGGUGGAAAAAGAAAAAGUUAAUUCAAGUGAAAUAGAAAAAGAAUCAAGUAGACUGCAAUCCCCAAACAAAGGCAAGCAAGCUACUGUUAGAAAUAAAUUGACUAUUUAUGCAGAACCUAAUAAAACAGCAACUCUGCCUGGGAGUAAUCAACAGGAUUCAAAAAAGGACUCAAUAUCAAAACCUCUGGGGAAAAACCUUGGUGUUUUUAAGAAAAUGCCCAAAACAUGUGUUGGAAAAAAGGAGGGCUCACUAUCAAAAACAUCAACUGCAAGUGAUUCAGCAAGUGAAAAUAACCAACAAAAAGCAAAGUCUAAAAAUCUGCAAAAAGCUCAAUCAGCUGGUGAAAUCAAGGAUGAUGUUGAUAGUAAUGCAGAUUGCAUAAGUAUAGGAGGAAGUAGUUCUGACUCUUUGAGUGAUUUUGACGACGAACCUGGUACCAAGGGAGUAAAGUCAAGAAUUGGGCUCAAAAUUCCUGCAUUUAAGGACAAAUCAACAAAGACAAAAACAAGAUCACAUUCUCGCAGUAGGUCUCCCACACUAUCUAGAUCAAAUAAUGAUUUACGCAGUAGAUACAGAGGAUUGGUGGAUAAAGACUCGCAUAGAAAUCCCAGGGAUCGGCGAUCUCCAAGGAGAAGUCGAUCCCCAUUAAGGAGAAGAAGUGCAAGUUUACAGAGAUAUAAACAGGGUUUAAGUCAACGAAUCCUAAGAGAGAAGGACCGUGAAAGAAGCAGGAGUCACAGUAAGCAGGGGAGAAGUCCAUUACGGAGAGACAGGAGUUCACAAAGGAGACAAUUAAGUCCAGUUCAAAGGGAAAAAAGUCCACUUAUGAGAGACAGAGGUCCUCUGAGAAGGGAAAAGAACUCUGUUAAAAGAGAAAGAAGUCCUGUCAAGAGGGACAGAAGUCCAAUAAAUAGAGUAAGAAGCACAGGCUUAAAAAGCAGAGAAAAGGAUGGAUUGAAUACCAAAAGAGGCCGAAGCAGAAGUCCAAGUAAAAUUAGGAGUCAAAAGGUUGAUAAGAACUUAAGUGUUAAUAAGAACAAUGAUUCCCUAUCAGCAAAACCUAAGGGUCCUGUUCAUUCGAGGCUUCAACUCCCUCAAAAAUCACUCGAAGAGGAGGUGAUAAAAAUCUCAAAACCAAAACCAGUUUCUGAAACAGACUCUAUUUUAGACAAAAAAGCAGAUAUUGUUAAAAAUGUAAAAAAGGCGAGUGCUACACAGAACGGAAAGCAAUCUAAAAUCCUUGGUAAAGUAGAUGCCAGAAAACGCUUAUCAGCAAAGACUGUCCCUGUUUUAUCUAAAAAGAUAUCCAUUAAUAUCAAGACCAAAGUGCUAUCUACCAAACAAGAAGCAAAAGAAACAGUUCGUGGCGAAGAAGAGGAUCUUCGUCUUCUCCUGAAGAAGAAGCCAGAAAUCGAUGAGGGUGUGGUUGAUGGAAGGGACGAGAAGGAGCGAGAACUUGACGCUCGUAUCGCUAAGAUCAAGGAGCGCAACAAUGCAAUUCUAAUGCGCAACCUUGAGGUACAAAAAGAUAAGGAACGAUUUGGCUGAUUGGAGGCUUAGGGACGAGACGAACCGUUAUUGUCGGUAAUUGGUGUCGUCCCGGAAAACUCGAACCAUGGACUAAUCGGCCGCCAUGUUGGAAUUGUGGCUCGGUCACGCAAGCAUUGUCACCAGUUCACUUCCGGUUGAUUUUUAACGGAAAAUAUUUCAAAAAUUUAAAAGCGUGUCUAUUGGAAGUUUCUUCGAGCAUUUGACUGAUAAUUAAGAGCGGACGGCCUGUUUUAUAGCACGAAUCCUAAUAGAUUCUUUUGUCUUUUAACGUUUAAGGUUUCCGUCCGACCUCCUUAAGUAAACUGGUGAUAAUGCGCUCAAAAAGAAAAAAGAGCUGGAUCCCAUGAGCACGAGGAGACAGAGCGUUGGUUUAGUCGCCCAUGACAUUUUUAAAUUGAAAGAAGUUAGACGAUGUACAUUAUAGCAAUAAUUAUGUGGACAUUUUAUGAAUAGAAAGCAACGUUAGAAAACAAAGAGACCAAUCAAGUUUUUCGUUGAAAACACAUGUUUUAAAUAAAGCCUUGUCUGCUC